AUGGCGGAGGAUCAGGAGCCAGCACGGCCAUGCAAGACUCCUCUUGAGCCUUCGAUGAAGGAGUGUACCAGCAACACAUACCGCAGCGCUCAACACUCGCAGGCUUUGCUGAGUGGCUUGGUGGCGCUCCGAGACAGCGGCGUCCUCUUCGAUGUCAUUUUACUUGUGGAAGGGAAGGCUAUUGAAGCUCACCGCAUCCUCCUGGCUGCAUCGUGUGACUACUUCAGGGGAAUGUUUGCUGGUGGACUAAAAGAAAUGGAACAAGAGGAGGUCCAGAUCCAGGGUGUGUCUUAUAAUGCUAUGUGCAAAAUCCUAAACUUCAUAUACACUUCUGAGCUGGAGCUCAGUCUAAACAACGUGCAGGAAAUACUCACUGCAGCUUGUCAACUUCAGAUCCCUGAGGUUAUCAAAUUCUGCUGUGACUUCCUCAUGUCUUGGGUGGAUGAUGAGAACAUCUUGGAUGUGUAUCGACUAGCUGACCUUUUUGACCUGAGCCAUCUGAGUGAGCAGCUAGACUCCUACAUUUUGAAAAAUUUUGUUACAUUCUCCAAGACACAAAUGUACCGCCAGCUCCCCCUUGAAAAGGUCUAUGCCCUUCUCAGCAGCAACUUAUUGGAGGUCACCUCUGAGAAUGAGGUCUAUGAAGGAGCCCUCCUUUACCAUUACACACCAGAGCAGGUGGAGACAGAUCAGGUCUCCUUGAUGGAACCUCCUAAACUGCUGGAGACAGUCCGUUUUCCCUUGAUGGAGUUCCAAAUUCUGCAGAGGCUCCAUGACAAACUAAGCCCAUGUCCAUUAAAGGAGACAGUGGCCAGUGCGUUGAUGUACCACAAGAAUGAGUGCCUUCAACCAAUGCUUCAGAACAUGCACACACAACUGAGGUCACAGUUUCAGUGUGUCGUGGGCUUUGGGGGGAUGCAUUCGACUCCAUCCACAGUUCUCAGCAACCAAGCCAAGUACUUAAACCCACUGUCGGGUGAAUGGAGGCACUUUGCUGCAGCUCAGUCCCGCAAAAUGUCCAACCAGGGAAUUGCGGUUCUCAAUAACUUUGUCUACUUAAUUGGGGGAGAUAACAAUGUACGAGGUUUUCGAGCAGAGUUCAGGUGUUGGAGGUAUGACCCACGACACAACAAGUGGUUCCAGAUCCAGUCCCUUCAGCAAGAGCACGCAGACCUCUGUGUCUGCGUUGUGGGCGAGUACAUCUAUGCUGUGGCAGGAAGGGACUACCAUGAAGACUUGCGGGAGGUGGAAAGAUACGACCCCAAAACCAACACCUGGGAAUAUGUGGCCCCUCUCAAGAAGGAGAUAUACGCACAUGCAGGAGCUACUUUGGAAGGGAAGAUGUAUAUUACCUGUGGGAGACGAGGUGAGGACUACCUGAAAGAGCUGCAUUGUUAUGAUCCAGUGGGCGAUCGCUGGGAGAGUCUGGCUGAUGGGCCUGUCCGGCGGGCUUGGCAUGGGAUGGCUGCAGUGCUGGGCAGACUGUAUGUGAUUGGAGGCAGUAACAAUGAUUCUGGCUAUAGAAGAGACGUUCACCUGGUUGCCUGCUAUACUCCAAGCACCGGUCAGUGGACUUGCGUCCGCCCUCUGCCUGCAGGACAUGGAGAACCUGGCAUUGCCGUCCUGGGUCACAAGAUCUAUGUCUUAGGGGGCAGGUCCCAUAACCGGGGCAUCCGCAUGGACUAUGUCCACAUUUAUGAAGCUGAAAGAGAUGACUGGGAAGAAGGGCCACCUUUAGAAGAGGAUAUUUCUGGGAUGGCUGCCUGUGUACUCACAUUGCCAAGGGCCAUCCUAAUGGAUGUGGAGAGAUGGGACCCUGAGUGGCAUCGGGAAAGACUGCAGAAUCCACUGGAUGUUUCUUCUGAGGUCAUGAGCGUAUCUGACUGGGAAGAAUUCGAUAAUCUGGGCGAUGAUUAGCCCAAGGGACAGGCCUCUUCCCCUGAAUUUUUGGCUUUCCCCCCUGCUGUAAC